CUCACAACUACAUCUAACACUUUUUCGUCUGCCAGGUCGACGAUUUCCCCAUCAACAGCCUGUUUUCUUCAAAUGCUACUGUUGUAAUUAAAGGUUCUUGAUACAUUUUGUACAUUCUGCUUUCUUCCUAAUACGAGUUUUCCCACUUUGUUUCCCACUCUUCCCUACCACCUCGCCCCGUCGACAUCCUCCAAAUCUCGAUACAAAAUUUGAGCAUCAAAAGCCUUUGUGGAGCGAGUGAAAAUUUCCUCCUUUGGAGCAUCUUUCCUAUCUUCAUUUUACGAUCACGAAUCACCAAGUCGCAUACAUAAAUAAUGGCCACGGCAGCUGCAUUGGCAGGAUAUACUGCUGACCCUCGAUUCAGCGGAGAGGCUGCUGAUGCAAUUACGUCUGCAUACACUGCAUACGUACAACCGCAGCAUAAAAAAUAUCACGAUCCUUCAGUUACUUUUGAAGAAUAUCAUUACUAUGCAGGUCUUGCACGCGCGGAAGAGGAUGCUAGUGCCAAUAAUGAUAUAGGUGAUACCACUUUCUUCUCCCUGAUUCUUCCACCAAAGAAUCUCAAUGGCCAAGCUCCGGUAAAUACUGCAGCUGCGCAGGAAAAGUCGAAAGGGAAUGGAGAGACUGGCGAGGAAAAGACGGCUGCGGAAAGAGAUGUACAUGAAAUGGCCCAUGGCGAUCGUGCGACGGUCACGAACGAUGAAUGGACAAAUGCUAGUCGGGCUUUGAGGACGGCUACUUGGUCGGCAGUGUUUUAUCUGAUUACUACGGAUAUCUUAGGCCCUUUUGCUGUUCCGUGAGUCUUUUAGAAUCUCCCAUCAUGAUGUAUAAUCAACUAAUAUCAUCUUUGCUAGUUUUGCCCUGGGUGCGCUAGGUUGGGGACCGGGUAUUGCACUUUAUACCGUAUUUGGAGGAUUGGCUGUAUAGUAAGCGGAGGAAGUCUCGAUACCUGUGCUUGAGCCACACACUAACAAAUUUAGUGGUGGAUUUCUUCUAUACUACAUGUUCCUCGGGCUUGAUUCCCACCAAUAUCCAUUGCGAACAUAUGGAGAUAUAGCAUUUCGGGUUUAUGGAGCCCCUGUUCGACACGCAGUCAAUAUCCUUCAAUCUAUUCAACUUCUAUUUAAUGUUGGGGUGAUUGUUGUUGGCAAUGGGCAGGUUGGUUUUCUCCACUUAUGAAUUUCCUCCUUUUUCUAGAACUUUGGAAGCCUGGCCGGACUUGAGUAUCCUGGUCGCAUAGGAGCCUCAAAAUUGCAAGGUAGACUAACGAAGUCGUAGGCGCUUUCCCAGGUUGCAAAGUUCAAACUCUGCUACGCAAUAUGCUGUCUUGUAUUCGCCCUUGCUGGCUUUUUUCUUGGCCAAGUUCGCACGUUACAGAAGUUCGGUUGGCUAGCUAAUGCCGCCAUCUGGAUGAAUAUAUUCAUCAUAUUCUGUAGCAUGGGAGUCGUUGCACAUAGUGCACCAAAUUACGUCGCUGUAGAUGCUUCAGCUGGAUUUGCGCUUGGUGGUGGACUCAUAACUCCAGAUGCUGCUGGCAAUUACCCUCCCGUUACAACAUUUGGUCAUCUUCCUCCUUCAACAAAAGGUUUUACUGGCGCUGUGAAUGGCCUCAUGCAAGCCGUUUAUGCUUAUGGAGGUGCUAUGUUAUUCACAGAAUUCAUGUCCGAAAUGCGCAAGCCGCGAGACUUUUGGAAGGGUAUGAUUUGCGCCCAAGCAUUCAUCUACAUUCUCUACAUGUUCUACGGAUGUUUUGUCUAUGGCUAUCAGGGCCAAUAUGCUGUGAAUCCGUCCUAUCAAGGGUUAUCCCCGUACGCAUGGCAGACGGUUAAUAACGUAAUUGCGUUCAUCUCGGCCCUUAUCGCAGCUGGCCUUUACGGUAAUAUUGGCAUCAAAGUCCUAUACAAUAACUUAUUUGUCGACUUUUUGGGUGCUCCACCUCUUAGUUCACAUAGGGGAAAGCUGCUUUGGAUGAGCAUUGUACCCGUUUAUUGGUCUAUCGCUUACGUUGUUUCCGCUGCUAUCCCAAAUUUCUUCGGUCUCUCAUCCCUCGUUGCAGCUCUUUGUAUUUUGCAAUUCACCUACACAUUCCCGCCUAUCCUUUACGUAGGCUACUGCAUCAAAGCUGAUGCUAUACUCGAAACAGAAGGUUUCGAUCCCACCACUGGUCAAGUCACACUCACAGAUACGGGCUUCAGAAGAAUCUUGCGAGGUUUCAGAAAGAGAUUCAUCUUGAACACCUGGAAUAUCAUUUACUUCGGUGGUGCAUUGGUUACGGCCGCUUUGGGCGCAUACGCUGCUAUUGAGGCAUUGAUCACGGCCUUUCGGGAGCCCCAAAUCACGGCCUUUACAUGCAGGAGCCCCGUGAACGCUGGAUAGGAGUAAUGUGAGCGGAGGGACAGUUGGUUGUUUCCAACUGAUAGGCAUAUUCAAAUACUGGAUUAUUCUGACUGAUGAGACGAGACAUUCGACUAUUCCCAAAGCCCAAAUUUAUCACGAGUUGGCUCCUAUAUACUAGCAGGAAGCUUAAGUUGCUUUAUACAUAAUUCGACGAGAAGCAGGUGAUCAAGUUAUUUGAUGAUGGAUUCGGCGAGGACUGGUUUUAGGUCGCUUUGAAUGUGUCAUAUGACAGAUUGCUGAUUAGAUCUUAGAAAAGGAUUUGAUAAAGGUACUUUUAAUGACGGUGGCAGGGGAGAGAAUUUAGGCGAGAAAUGCUUACACUUUGUAAUUACAUCACACGUUGCUUGCUUUGUAUCGGGAACGUAUUGUGGUGAUACCUUGAAGGAGAUUCUUUGAAGACUGUUAUAAGACUUACAAAGAUAGCUGAACUAUAAAUGUAUUUUUUUGCACAAGCGUUGAGAGC